GGCUUAGAGGAAAUAUCCGAAGACCCAGAUAAGCAAAACGCAAAGACAGAGAUUUCUGCAGAUAACAUCGUUAAUAGGAUAAGGCGUUCUUCCUUCCCCUUUUCACCAUUCACUACUGUAACCCAUCUUUCUCCUCCAUUUCCAUGAAUUCUACCUCCUUCAUUUCUUAACAUUAACAGAAAGAACCCUAAAUUACCUCACUUCUCAUACCAGAAAAUGGGUUCCGUUGUUCUCCCUCAGGCAUUAUUUGUAGUUCCAAGAAAUCUCACAACAUGUACACCAAAGAAGCUAGCUUUUUCAGCCUGUGUUUCUCGUAGACCCUCUCAGUUGAAUUUGUCAUUGUUUUCACACAAUUCAAUGGGGUUAAGUUCAAAGUGGGAAAGUCGUUCUUUUGUUGUUAGAGCUGAAGCUGAAGCUGAUUCUCAAGGGGAACCAGAAGCUGCUGAGACUGAGGAAGCUGCCACAGCAGAAACAGCAGUUGCAACUGAGGAAAGGCCACCAUUUAGGCCGAGAGCUAAGCUUGGAGAUAUAAUGGGGAUAUUGAAUAAGCAAGCAAUUGAGGCGUCAGAUGCUGUAAGGCCUAUACCAGACAUUAGGACUGGUGAUGUUGUUGAGAUCAAAUUGGAAGUCCCAGAGAAUAGGAGGAGGUUGUCUAUUUAUAAAGGUAUAGUCAUUUCAAAACAAAAUGCUGGUAUUCACACUACAAUUCGCAUUCGGAGGAUCAUUGCUGGCAUUGGAGUUGAAAUAGUGUUCCCAGUGUAUUCACCAAAUAUCAAGGAACUCAAAGUAGUUAAGCACCGGAAAGUCAGGCGGGCAAGAUUGUACUAUUUGCGUGACAAACUCCCUCGGCUCUCUACUUUCAAAUGAGAAUCCUUUAGUUUGGCCUCUUUCUACUGUCCUUUUCCUUCAUAAUUUUGUUCCUUUUCUUUAUUGGAAGUCUACGUAAGUGUAAUUUACAUCAAACAUUCGUAAAUAGGUUGUUUCAUUUUUGCUUAAUUUUUCUCCAAUCUAUUGAAACUUUUUCGACAUACUCCUUUUCAA